AAUAAAGUUUUGAUUUUGUUAAAGAGUUUUUAUGGCAGAUACAUUUGAGAAAUUAAAAAGAACUACAGAAUAGUAAGUAUAGAUAGCUGAGCAUUCUUGUGAGUAAGAAUUAGAUAGAUAUGAAAUAGUUAUUGUUUGUAAUCAGAUACAAAUGCAGUUGCGCAAUGUUUAUAAUGUAAUAGAUGGUAUUGCAACAGUAUGACAAGGAGUGGAUCACAUAUAAUAUUGCAUUUGAUAAAGAAUAAGCAUAGUUAGAUAAGUUUACAUAAUCGAAACAAGGUGUAAAUAACAACAAUAGAGUGUUAUUGUUGUGAAUAAAGAAAUUUAUUCACCUUAGGAUAAGUGAAUGGUAUGAUAUGAUUUAAUGAUAUUUAGUGAAAGUGGAAGGAGAGGAAAACAUUUUAAUUCUAUGUAGAGGGUGUGUACAAUUGAAAUAAUCAGGAGAGAUAAGUUGGGAUUCAAAUGAUUAUUAGCCACUAAUAAAGGAUAAGAGUAUAUAAGAUUGGUUAUUGGGAUAAGGAGAGAAAAUAAAUGUAAUAGAUGUAGUUUAUAUGACUAGUCAAGGAUGGUAACAUUGGAGAGGAUAAAUUAGUAUGAGGAUGCGAGAAAGAAGGAACCAUAAUUGAGAAUAGAGGAUUUGGAUAGGAAAGGUCCAAAUUAAAGUUUAAAGGAGGUGUAAUUGAGAUAUAGAGAUGCAGUACAUUAUUAAUAAGUAUUUUCUCCAUUGGUGAAAUUGGAAGAGGAAUAAGAUAAAUAAGUGAAGGAGGGAUAAGUAUUAUAGAGUGUGAAAGUGAAAUGGGAUUUGAGUUUAAAGAAAAAGAGAUUGGCAUAUUUUUUAUAUGGAGGAAGAGAAGAGUUUGAUACAAAUACAUUAUUGGGUAGUGAGAUGUAAUUGAGUUUAAAGAGUGGAAAUAAUAUAUGGUAAUCGAAAGGAACAGUAGUUAAAGUAAUAAAUAAUGAGGAGGUUUGUUUGGAAUUACAUUAGAGUGAUCCACCACCGAAUAAUGCAGAUGAAGGUUAUACAGUAGAAUGUAUAUGGGUGUCAACUACAUUUAAAAGAAUGUAUAUAGGAUUAAAGACAUUUGUGAAUUAAGAUAGUUCUAUAAGCAAUUAUUUAUAUAAGAUGAUUUUGGGAAGAAUAGAUACAUUACCACCACCAACAUAAGUUGAGAGUAUACCAUAAAAGUUAUCUGCUCCAAAUUUACCAGAUUUAAAUGUAUAUUAGGCAGAUGCAGUUAAGAAAGCAUUAAAAUCACCUUUAUCUUUAAUAUAAGGACCACCUGGUACUGGAAAGACUGUUACAAGUGCGACUAUUGUUUAUCAAUUAGUAAAAGCAAUGGAAAAAUAAAAAUAAAGAGGAUAAAUAUUAGUAUGUGCUCCAAGCAACAUUGUUGUAGAUUAAUUAGCAGAAAAGAUUAAUAAAACAGGAGUGAAAGUUGUAAGAUUAUGUAGUAAAACAAGAGAAAGUGUUAGUACUAAUAUUGAAUUUUUAACAUUACAUAAUUAAGUUAGAAGUUUGGAUAUUCCAUAAUAUCAUUCAUUAUAAGCGUUUUAUGAAUUAUUAGAUUAAUAAGGAGAAUUAGAUUAAAAAGAUGAAUAAGUAUUUAUUAGAAUGAGAGAUGAAGCUGAAAAAGAAAUCAUUGAAUAGGCUGAUAUUAUUUGUACAACAUGUAUUGGUUCAGCUGAUAAAAGACUUAAGGAUAUGAGAUUCUUAUAUGUCCUAAUUGAUGAAGCAACUUAAGCAAUUGAACCGGAAUGUUUAUUGCCUAUGCUUAAAGGAGCGAAACAUGUUAUAUUAGUUGGAGAUCAUAGAUAAUUAGGUCCAGUUGUAUAAAGUAGAGAAGCUGCUUCAGUUGGUUUAGAUAGAAGUCUAUUCGAAAGACUAGUAUAAUUAGGGAUUAGACCUGUUAGAUUAUAAGUUUAAUAUCGUAUGCAUCCAGAAUUAACAGUUUUUCCAUCUAAUACAUUUUAUGAAGGUACUUUACAAAAUGGAGUUACUAUUAGUGAUAGAACUCACUCAGGAAGUUUUCCUUGGCCUAAUAAAUAAAAACCUAUGAUAUUCAUUAAUGUAUCUGGUUUAGAAUAAUUAUCAGCUUCAGGAACUUCCUAUCUUAAUACUUAAGAAGCUGUUGCUGUUGAAUAAGCUGUCUAUUAUUUAUAUUAGAAUACAGUUAAAUUAAAUAAAAUUGGAAUCAUUACUCCUUAUAAAGGAUAAAGAACAUAUAUUAUUUCUUAUCUUUAAAAGAAUGGAUAAUUACCUUAUAAUUAAUAUAGAGAUAUUGAAGUAGCUUCUGUUGAUGGUUUUUAAGGAAGAGAAAAAGAUUUUAUUAUCAUUUCAUGUGUUCGUUCAAAUGAUACUUAAGGUAUAGGUUUUUUAACCAAUCCCAGAAGAUUAAAUGUUACAAUUACUAGAGCUAGAUUUGGAUUAAUAAUUAUUGGUAAUGCAAGAGUAUUAUGCAAAGUAUUUAUAUUUAUGUUAUCUCUUUAGGAUAAUCUUUGGAAUAAUAUGCUUAAUCAUUUUAAAGAUUAAGAUUUAUUAAUGGAAGGUUCUUUACCUAAUCUUAAACCAUGUCAUAUGAAAUUUAGACCUCCUUAAAAGUUUAUUCCAGAAAGACGUAAUAAUACUAUGAAUGGAGAUAACGAUGAUAAAAGUGUUUAUUCUUAUGCAUAAACAGGUUUAGCUUUUAUUUAUUUAUUCCUUAGAUAAUCUUAAUCAAUUUGAUCAUGAUUUAGGAGAUUUCCCAUUAACCAAAGGUGUUAGAAAUAGUGAAUUCGGAUUUAAUCUUAUUCCAGAUACUUAAGCAUUUAUCAAAGUGGCUGAUCAAAAUGAAAUUAGAAGAAAUUAAGAUUUAUAAGAUAUUGAUCAUACUCAAGUUGUCAAUAUUGGAUAACCACCAUCAUCUAUCAUGUAGAUUGGAACAUUCCAAAAUGAUCUACAAUUAGAUGUUUGAUUAAUCAACUAUCCAAUUCAAAAAUUUGAAAAAUAAACAUAUAUUUCAUAUUAUAUUAAU